AUGUCCCCCUCAGAACCCCGCCCCCUGAUCAUCGGUCCAGACAGCGGUCCCGAACCACCCUACCCAUUACGCAUGCAAGGCGAAGUAGUCUCUGGCUUCGGUCGCGGCUCCAAAGAACUCGGAAUCCCUACCGCAAAUAUUCCCGUAACAAAUGUGCCCUGGAUCGACAGCGCCCCCUCUGGUGUUUAUUUUGGCUAUGCAGCCCUCAACCUCCCGUCUUCUCACCCCGCGCUUCUUUCCUCUCCUCUGCCAACCACAUCCACAUCUACAUCCACCCCCCAAACCACCCCCCAAGACUCCUCAUCCAACUCCCCCUCCCCCUCCUCCAUAAACACACGCCUCUACCCCAUGGUAAUGUCCAUCGGCUACAACCCCUUCUACCGCAACACGGUGCGUUCCGCCGAAGUACACCUGCUCUCGCACUUCACCCAAGAUUUCUACGGCUCGCACAUGCGUGUUGAGAUCCUGGGUUAUAUCCGGCCCGAACUGGAUUAUGUGGAUAAGGAGAGUUUGGUCCGCGAUAUCGAGAUGGAUAUUGAGGUUGCGAGGAGGAGUUUGGAGAGGGAACAUUGGAGGGCGGGUCGAGAGGGCGGGGAUGCUUGGUUGUUGGGUAAGGAGGGGGAGAGCAAGUAG